GCAAAACCUGAGGAGGUCCAACAGCGUGUCGACGGUUGUGACAUUGGGCGUGGUUCCGGCUCUGUCGAUGUGCUGCGCCGUUUGAGAGACUCCGGGCUUGAUGGUCAUCACCAAAAUAAUGCCUGCCGAGGAUACACCGGUGCCACCCAAAGUGGACGGGCUCGACGGCAGACGGCAGCGGACGGAAGAUUCCGAUAAAGGUCCGAAAGGCAGAGCGACCUGACUUUCGCACCAAAGUGCUGCUGUUAAUUCAGAGAGGCUCUGACCCCCCCCAAAAACCAUUCAUAAAAACUCUUGCCGUGGGGGGUUGGCCAAUGACAGGAGGGAGUUGCUGAGCGCUAGCUGGUUAGCUCGCUCGCUACAUCGACGAAGACGCGAAGAGACAAGUGUGGGCUCGAGAAGAACGAGCGAAGCGUGUACGUGAGUCUCUGGGGCGGGGGGAGGGGGGAGCCGGCUUUCAUUAGACCCCGCGACGACGAGGCGGAGAGCUUGAACACACCCCCACGUUCGUCUCCUUCCCGGUGCGGCAUCCAGUCGAGAUGGACAACCUGAGUGACGCCUUGGCGAAGCUGAAACUCGCAUCCACGGACAGCGCCUCGGACAGCGUGGAGAGCUGUCUCGACUGUCUGCUGAAAGCGCUGGUCAACAACAACACGGAGGCCAGUCUGAAGAUCCAGGAGAUGGGCGUUCUUCCCUUGCUCCCCACCCUCCUAAACCCCCAGUCGUCCUGCUCCCCUAAAGUUGCCAAUAUCAUCGCAGAGGUGGCAAAAAAUGAGUUCAUGCGGAGUUCCUGUGUGGAAGCGGGCCUCAUCCCGCCGCUCAUUCAGCUGCUGAACUCCAGCGAUCAGGAGGUUCUACUGCAGACCGGCCGGGCUCUCGGCAAUAUCUGUUACGACAGCCAUGAGGGCAGGAGUGCAGUUCACCUGGCAGGAGGGGCUCAGAUAGUAGCCGAACACAUUAAAACCCUCUCCCAAAAUACAGAGCCGGAAAAUGAGAAGCUCUUGACAGUCUUUUGUGGCAUGCUGAUGAACUAUAGCAAUGAUAAUGAUUCCCUACAAGGCCAACUGAUAAGCAUGGGUGUGAUCCCCACCCUGGUGAAGCUGCUCGGGAUCCACUCCCACAACGCCGCCCUGACCGAAAUGUGUCUCAUCGCCUUUGGGAAUUUAGCCGAGCUCGAGUCGAGCAAGGACCAGUUCGCCUCCACCGACAUUGCAGAGGAGCUGGUGCGCCUUUUCCAGAACCAAGUGGAACAUGAAAAGAAAGAAAUGAUAUUUGAGGUCCUGGCUCCCCUGGCGGAGAACGAUGUGAUCAAGUUGCAAAUGGUGGAGGCGGGCUUGGUGGAAUGCCUCCUGGAGGUGGUGGGCCAGACCGUGGACGGGGAACGGGAGGAAGACGUCGCCCAGCUGAAGGCGGCCUCUGACCUCAUGGUGUUGCUGCUGCUCGGAGACGAGUCCAUGCAGAAGCUGUUUGAGGGAGGGAAGGGCAGCGUCUUCCAGAGGGUCCUUUCUUGGAUACCGUCGCACAACCACCAGUUGCAACUGGCCGGCGCUCUUGCCAUUGCUAAUUUUGCCCGCAACGACGGGAACUGCAUCCACAUGGUGGACACCGGUAUCGUACAGAACCUUUUGGAGCUGUUGGAUCGACACGUCGAUGAAGGCAACGUCACAGUUCAGCACGCAGCUCUCAGCGCUCUUCGGAACCUGGCCAUACCCGUUGUUAACAAAUCCAAGAUGCUGUCAGCUGGAGUCGCAGAUGUGGUAUUGAAGUUCUUGCAGUCAGAGAUGCCGCCGGUCCAGUUUAAGCUUCUUGGGACUUUGCGCAUGCUCAUCGACACGCAAGUGGAAGCGGCGGACCAGCUCGGGACCAACGGGAAGCUGGUGGAGCGGCUGGUGGAGUGGUGUGAAGCCAAAGAUCACGCCGGGGUGAUGGGCGAGUCCAACAGGCUCCUUUCCGCUCUCAUUCGACACAGCAAGUCCAAGGAAGUCGUCAGGACAGUCAUCCAGGGAGGUGGAGUCAAGCAUUUAGUGACCAUGGCAACCAGCGAGCACGUGAUCAUGCAGAACGAAGCGCUGGUGGCGCUGGGCCUCGUCGCGGCGCUGGAUUUGGCUGCAGCGGAGAAGGACUUUGUGGCGGCAAACCUCGUCGGCGUGCUUCACAAGCUCUUGUCAGACGAGAGGAGCGCCCCAGAGAUUAAAUACAACUCCAUGAUUCUCAUCUGCGCCCUCAUGGGCUCCGAGCCCCUCCACAAAGAAGUCCAGAGCCGGGCCUUCAUCGACGUGGUGUCCAAGCUCCGUGCGCACGAAAACAAAUCCGUGUCGCACCAGGCGUCGCUGACGGAGCAGCGGCUGACCGCCCAGAGCUAAAGGCCCGCGUUCUCCGUCGGCCCUCCAGCCGCAGCGCCCGGGCGCCCCGCGCCUGCCUCAUCACCCCUUGUACCGUAACGCCAUCGUCAUGUGCCAAGGUACCGUGUUGCAUCGACUGCCAGACACACCCCCUCCUGACUCGCGCUAAGGACAGAGCCAUGUACGUCACGUAUGAAUAUAGCGAUUCUUUUGCGGCGCACCAAAACCCGAACGGUCUCGGCGAGGCGGCACAUUUUGACGCGUCAGCCUUGUGCAUGCUCGUGUUGUCACGGCACCAAAAUUCUGCCCUCGACCUCAAUACCGAUACUGAAACGAUACCACGACCAAAUCCGGCGGCACGCAGAUCUUCAAUACCGGCCGGUGUCAAAUAUUUAAAAGCAUUAAAACUAACAGAUGUUCAUUCCAUGGAAUCAUGUGGUUUGCUUGCAAAGUUUGGGGCGUAAAUGUACUGUCCAAUGUCACACCUCAAGUCGGAGCGCUCUGCGGGUUAGGUUUGCCAAGUGCCGUUCUUCCGCGUUUGCCGUACCGUUGUUGUGUGGCGCCUCAGAGGCUGAAUCAAGUACGCUCCGGUCCGUAUUAUUCCCUCUUUCGUCCCUUCCGCAUUGAAAUAUGGUACACAUAUAUUACGGCAGAGACAAAUAAACAUUUUGAAGCAAGGACGGGACAUUCUCUUUUUUUUUUUUUUUUUUUUUUUUUUGGGGGGGGGGGGGGGAAGAAGCACCGGGACUAAAAAAAAAAAAAAAAAUAUGUGGUAUCGUUUCAUUUUAGUACUUCUGUAGUGCCGGUAGUAGCUUGCAAUCCUCGUGCAUGAGUCUUUGCAACACUUGUCGAACAAACGUUGUUGAACCAACCCAGCGGUGCGGGGCCGCAGUGGUCCAGGUUUUCCGUUGGCCAGCAGUUUUUUUUUUUGUUGUUGUUGUUUUGUUUUGUUUUCCCUUCUAAAUGUAUUCAGUGUGGAUUUUUGUUGUAGUUGUUCUUGGAAUUAAAUGACAGUACCAUAGGCUACCGACAAAAUGUGAAGGAUAUUGAUCAUUAUAGUAGAAAGUAAAGGCUAUCGUGCAUCUUCGAUUUGUCCUGAAAUUUCACCAAAUAUGCUGAACUUUUAGCGCUCGGUUCCCCAACACUGCCAAAUCUCGUACACGUUCCUUUGCAUUCUUCGGAGGGUUGAGUCUUAUUUUGAAGUAUUUAUUUUUUGUAAAAUUAACGUUGAUCCGGUUGGUGGUCGAGCUCCUUGACAAAGACUCUACAGAUCGGUGGGGAAAAAAAAAAAAAAAAGGUCAGAACUAAAGAGCGAGGCACCUUUCAUUAGUCGCGUCUCAUUCGACGGCGUCAUCUCAUAAAAUGCAGGAUCCGCUUUCUGUGAUCCUUCAGCGUACAACUCCGCUAUUUAAAUUUGAUAGGCAUGUCUGUCAUUACUUGAACCACAAAAUAUCUUCAAAUAUAUAUGUAUACCGUAUUUAAAUCGCCUGAAGCGGCCAUUUUAUGUUCUUCUCUGUCAUUUUUCGGUGUCCUCAAAAGACAAACUUGUCUGAUUGUUACUGAACACUCGAACCGGACUCGAUUUUUGUCACUGCACGUGGGCGCCGUAGAAUUUACAGAUGCUCCGUCUAAGUCGUCUCUCUUUGAUCGACGUCAGCUAUUCUGCGUGAUAAGUAGUGGAAAAGGGGGCAAAGUCAGAUGUUUUGAGACAGUAAAUAUGGAUCAUGUUUAUGUAAAUCAUGCCACCGGUGUCAGUGGCGCAUUGUCGAAAACCGCAGUGAAUUUUUUUUUUUUUUUUUUUUUUUUUGGGGGGGGGGGUGUUAUUUUAGCAGUAAAUAAAAGUGCAACUAGCACAUUAGUUAAGAAAUGCAUGAGCCGCCACAACCACGGGUCAAUAGAGGUCGCGUUGUCUUAUCACGUCACAUACACUGUAAAUCUUGGCAUGUCCCAAUCUAUAACAAAUGUUAUCAUGUCGUUGUUUUUCUCUUUAAAAAAACAAAACAAAACAAAAAAACUUACUGUAUAUCACAUUUGUGCUCUUAACGAGUUGUAUCCUUAGCAACAGCAUCAAAGUACUAUAAACAUAAGUGUUUGUUGUAAAUGUCCAAACGUUGUACAUUUGGAGGAUUGUAACAGAAGAUAAUUAACCCUUGUAUGAUCUCCACGUUCUGUUUACUCCCUUUGUCCUAUCUGGGUCAAAAAUGACCCGCCCUACCAAAGCCCCAAAAUAAAGCAGUUUCAUUGAAAUUUUA